UCUUUUCAACAGCGCUCCCAGAAACCUGUCCUCAACUUCUCUAGCCAUCAUUCAAAAACCGUUAAGUCCGGAAGGGAAAUCCUUGAGUCUCUACAUAUCAAAUCUUCAGUCUCAAACCUGUCCAGCCCAUCUCUUUCUCUUUCCGAUCGAGAGAUUCGCUUCCUGCGUUGCGAGAACGUUCCUCGAAAGACAUAA